AUGCGAGAUAUGGAUUUCAUUAAAGGCACCCCUCUGGUUGUGAAGGAUCGCCAAAAAAAAAAAAGGGGGGGGGAACGCGAGGAGGAGAAGGGGGAGGGAGAAAACAGGAUGAGGGCACGCGCGGAAAGACACGAGCCCAUGGAAAGCGAAGCAUGCAAAUGCUCAAACAAUGAUGGAAACACGCACAAAAAGAGAGAGGAGAGAGAGAGAGAGAGAGAGAGAGAGAGAGAGAGAGAGAGAGAGAGAGAGAGAGAGAGAGAGAGAGAGAGAGAGAGAGAGAGAGAGAGAGAGAGAGAGAGAGAGAGAGAGAGAGAGAGAGAGAGAGAGAGAGAGAGAGAGAGAGAGAGAGAGAGAGAGAGAGAGAGAGAGAGAGAGAGAGAGAGAGAGAGAGAGAGAGAGAGAUCAAGAGUGAAGCAUGAUCAUGGGUCCCAAGCAUCAAUCUUAGAGCAAGGCCAAAAAAAAAAAAAAAAGAUUCUGGGAAAGAGUUUGCCAAGGUGCGAUCGGACGCCCAAUAUGGAAUGA